CCCGACCCCCGUCAGGAUUCCAGGUCCUUGCGAAGGGCUCUCCAAGCGACAGAGCUCCAACCGAAUACGCCUCUUUAGUCCAGCCAGGGUGAGCCGGGUAGGUGAAGAGUCCGCUCUACGUGGCUCGUCGCCGUUCACUGGAAAGCGGCCGGAAUAAGCACGCCCCCGCUCCGGAAGUGAGCCGCUUCUGGCGCAGUGCAUUGUGGGGGGCGUAGUCCUCCUCCUCAGGCGGUCCUUCGCGGCGUCCCCGGGGCCCACUCCGGAGCGCAGGCGGGCGGCUGGACCGGCGGCGCGGCGCGGGCCGGCGGGAGGCGUAUUCUGGGCACGGGGCGCUGAGUUAGGCCGGCUGUGCCGGGCGGCAGUAGUGGGAGGCCGCCCAAGGCCUCGCGCGGCGCCGCCCGUCGAGGGGCGGGCGGCGGCAGACAGACCCGACCGUCGAAAAGCUCAGGAGGCCGGUGGGCCGGGUCGGGCCGCGCGGCGCAGCCAUGCCUGGAUUUACGUGCUGCGUGCCGGGCUGCUACAACAACUCGCACCGGGACAAGGCGUUGCACUUCUACACGUUUCCCAAGGACGCUGAGCUGCGGCGCCUGUGGCUCAAGAAUGUGUCCCGUGCCGGCGUCAGCGGGUGCUUCUCCACCUUCCAGCCCACCACGGGCCACCGUCUCUGCAGCGUUCACUUCCAGGGCGGCCGCAAAACCUACACUGUGCGGGUCCCCACCAUCUUCCCACUGCGCGGCGUCAACGAGCGCAAAGUAGCGCGCAGACCCGCGGGGGCCGCAGCCGCCCGCCGCAGGCAGCAGCAGCAGCAACAGCAGCAGCAGCAGCAGCAGCCGUCGCCGUCCGCUUCCACUGCCCAGACCACCCAGCUGCAGCCUAACCUGGUAUCUGCUUCUGCGGCUGUGCUCCUCACCCUUCAGGCCGCUGUAGACAGCAGCCAGGCUCCAGGAUCCGUGCCGCCGGCGCCCACCACUCCCACGGGAGAAGACGUUAAGCCCAUCGACCUGACGGUGCAAGUGGAGUUCGCGGCCGCAGAGGGCGCAGCCGCCGCCGCCGCUGCGUCGGAGCUAGAGGCUGCUACAGCAGGGCUGGAGGCCGCCGAGUGCCCCAUGGGCCCACAGUUGGUCGUGGUGGGCGAAGAGGGCUUCCCUGAUACUGGCUCCGACCACUCGUACUCGUUGUCAUCAGGCACCACGGAGGAAGAGCUCUUGCGCAAGCUGAACGAGCAGCGGGACAUCCUGGCGCUGAUGGAGGUGAAGAUGAAGGAGAUGAAGGGCAGCAUCCGUCACCUGCGUCUCACCGAGGCCAAGCUCCGCGAAGAACUUCGCGAGAAGGAUCGGCUGCUGGCCAUGGCUGUCAUCCGCAAGAAACACGGAAUGUAAACUAGUUCCCUUUUGGCCCUCCGGAUUCCCAGAUCCCUGCCAGCUUAGAGGGACCUGAGACCACCGUUGUUGAACUCCCUCAUACUCCUGGGGCACUGUGUGACAGUACUGAGGCUUAGGGCAGCUGGACUCUUGCUGGUGACCUAGUACCCUCUCGUUUCCUCCUGAAACAACGUCCUGAAGUCUGAGACCGCACUGGGGACACCAGCAGUUAUGACUUUGUCUAGCCAUCCACACCUUCACUCCCUAACCCCAAGUUUAUAUUGCAGGUUCUGAUUAAGCAGAGGCUUCAGAACCACUGAACUUGAAACUUAUCCCAUAGGGAUGCAGAUGGGAUGCUGGAGGACUAUGGCUUUGGGAAGACAACACCUUGAGUUUGGCUGGCAAUCAGAGACAACUCUUCUGUGUGUAGUGAUAAGAGAUCCAAGUAACAUCAGUUCUACUUUUUUGUGCUUUUCCUUCCCAGGUGCAGCCUGUGGUUCUGAUGAGGACUGGCAGAUCUGUGCCUCGGCUUCCUAGGACCUCCCUCCCAGGAGGCCAUCUACAAGGGGAUCUAGGUGACCUGUUGAUGGAAAUCCAGCCUGCCAGGGACUUAGGUCUAUCCUGUUAUGUUUGCUACUGGUUACAAAUUCUAUUUUCUGUACAAUUAGUCAGACUAAAGUUUUCACUGUGUUUGUUUGGCAAAACGAAUUAAACAGAAAGUAAGGUUUUUA